GGAGGCACAAACCUGAGUUGCCUUGUGAACUCAUCUUUGAGCAACGGCAGCUCUGGAGGCCGCGGUAACUGACGGCAGGUAGGAAGCUAUGGAAAGAAUCUUCUGAUGUCAUAAUUUCUGGGUAGCACUGGAACAUUUUAUCAUCAUCCCUUUGGCAAGUCCAGCUUUCUAUGGAAGGUCAGUAGAAGCAAUUGAUUUAUUCAUCUCUACAGGAAUCAGACUCGGCCUAUUUUGGUUUUCAGUGAAUUAUGCCUUUUCGGUUUGGGACCCAGCCAAGGAGAUUUCCUGUGGAAGGAGGAGACUCUUCAAUCGGGCUAGAAUCGGGCCUGAGUUCCAGUGCUGCCUGUAAUGGGAAGGAGACGUCGCCAAAUAGGCAACUCCGAAGAUGCCCAGGAAGUCAUUGCCUGACAAUAACUGAUGUCCCCAUCACUGUCUAUGCAACAAUGCGGAAGCCACCUGCACAAAGCAGCAAGGAAAUGCAUCCGAAAUAGUCAUCUGUCAUUAAGUCUUCGGUCAAGGGUUGACUAGGGUCAAGGGUAAUGGCCAGUAUGAUCUGGUAAACAAAUAAAGUGGCGGCAC